AUGACUGUCGCUCCGAAACCCCGCGUCCCCGCGACUGAUCCCGAAAAGGUCUUCCACUACACCGACCUCCAGAGAACCAAGCCCACUCGCGAGAAUGACCCCUACGACUACCAGCCCGGCUGGGGAAACCGACACCAGUCUGAAGUAAUCCCCGGAGCGCUCCCCAUCGGCCAGAACAACCCACAAGACCGCGGUUUCGGCCUGUAUACCGAGGGCAUCACAUACUCUGCCUUUGCAGCCCCGCGGGCCCUCAACUCGAGCACAUACAUGUACCGCGCCAGACCUUCUGCUGCUCAUCAGGGUUACUCAAACAUUGAGACAAAGUCUCACAUUGAAAACUGCUUCUUGUCUUUGAACCCAAAGGUUGAGGCCCUCCCUGAGCAGGCAGAGUGGUCUCCCUUCCCACUCCCUCCAGACAAUGAAAAGAUCGACUUCACUGACGGUCUUCACACCCUCGGUGGGAGUGGUGAUCCCAAUCUCCGCCAGGGAAUCGCCCUCUAUGUCUACAUGAUCAACACCUCCAUGGAGAACAGGGCCUAUUGCAACACGGACGGCGACUUUCUCAUCACCCCGCAACUGGGCAUCCUAGACAUCCAGACAGAAAUGGGCAAGCUCUUUGUCCAGCCCGGAGAAAUUUGCGUCAUCCAGCGCGGAGUCCGCUUCCGGAUCAACUUGGCUGAAGGCACGUCGGUUGCUCGUGGACACAUCGCCGAGGUUUGGGGUUCUACCUGGGAGCUACCAGACCUGGGUCCUCUGGGAGGCCAUGGCCUUGCCAACCCGAGAGACUUUUUGUUCCCUGUCGCCCAUAUCGAUGAAGACCUGCACGUCCCGUUUACCAUUGUAGUUAAAAACAAUGGAAAGCAUGUCGCGAUUAAGCAGGACCAUAGCCCCUUUGAUGUGGUCGCCUGGCACGGCAACUGUGUCCCCUACAAGUACGACUUGACCAAAUUCGUCGCCCAAAACUCAACCACAGUCGACCACACCGACCCAAGCAUCAACACAGUACUAACAGCCAAGUCAUCCGACCCUCACGUCCCGCUGGCCGACUACCUCUGGUUCGGCCCGCGCUGGGAUGUGGCGAGCAACAGCUUCCGCCCGCCAUACUUCCACCGGAACAGCGCUACAGAGCUGCUUGCCUGCAUCUAUGGGGCUGGGCUUGGUCGGUCUGACGAGUUCCAGCCCGGCGGGUGCAGCUACGAGGGUGGGCACACGCCUCACGGAGGCUUCAGUGAUGAGUAUCUCCUCGAGACGCCACUUCAGGUCAACGAGCCACGCAGGAUCCUAACAGACCAGAUGACCAUCAUGGUCGAGUCCUCACGAACCUUUCUCUUCACCGAGUACGCCCGCAAGAUCUGCGGCGUCCUCCACAGCCAGGGCACCGAUUACAAGGUCUGGGAGAGGCUACCGGACCGCUUCUCGGCACACCCUCUUACCAAGCAGUUGCUCGCCCGCGUGGCACAGGACAAGGCCAACAGCAGGAAGGCGACUGAUUACUACCAUUCCCUUGACUUGCUAAAGGAGGCUGCCUCUGCUCAACCAGUCAAGGAAGUUGCUGCUCAUACCAAUGGCCACACAAAUGGUGACAAGGUGUCGGUGGCUUGA